AUUCUUUAACCUAGAAGUCUUCGAGAUCAAUAUAAAUUUAUAAAACCAAAAACAAAACAAAAAUUAAAAAAAAAAACCACUUGGCCUACAAUCCAUUUAUAUAAUAAUAAAGAAAAAAAAUGUGCGAUGAUUUAAAUGUCCUCGCUUUACAACAAAUUGGAGGUCAACAAAGAAACAAGCUAAAAAAAAAAAUCUGGGUUAGAAUUCAUCAAUUGGAGGCAAUAUAUCGCGACUUUGGUGAUGCGAGAAUCUGUGGGUGGUUCUGUGUGGGACUCAAGCACUUGCUUUAACCCGCUCAAAGUCCCCAUCAUCAACAUCAUUGGAUAUUAGUGUGAAGAAGGAGCUUUCAUUAUCACCACCGCACCAUCAACAAUUUCAACAGCAACAUCAGCCAUCAUCGCAACAAAUGCAACAGCCGUCGCAGUUGCAACAAAUCGCUCGCGACACACAAUCAGCGUCAUCAACAUCACUAUCGUCGGUUGGUGGUGGUGGCGCUGAUGGCGGUGGUGGAGGGGGCAGAAAUGAUGGUGGUGGAACUGGAAAUGGACAGUCAACUGAAAAAAAUAUGUACUCAAUGAAACAUCAUUUAAACCAAAUUGCCCAACAACAAAAUCACCAAAAUCAAGCUUUGGAUCAUGAAUCCCCAAGUCCACAUCAUUAUGCUAGGAGAUCAGCGGAAGCUUCACCUGUACCAGCGAUUAAUGAUCAUGCCGGAGUAACAGCAGCAGCAGCAAUGGCAUCAAGUCAUAUUAGUGGCGGACUCAGACCACUGUCGAUGUCAAUACCAAAAAUUGAAACUUCUACGCCUACAAGUGAAAAUGGUCCAAGUAGCGGGGGAGGCAAUAAAACUGGGGUUAUGGGAGGUGUAGGAAUUUCUGGAUCAAGUGUGAUAGGUAGUGAGAAAAUGAAGAGAUCACCGUCAAUUGAAAGGCGAGAAUUCGAUAUAACUAAGGACAGAGUAAAAUUACAUUGUAUUGUGGAAUCUGUUCAUUCAUCACAAGCAUCUUUAGCUAACGACACGAGGAAUGCUUACAAAAGACGUCCAAAUAUUGAAUCAGAUUGUUGUGUUGAUGUGGGGACAGCAACCCUUUGGAAAGAUAUUGUUAAUACAGCUCUACAGAAUCUUGGUUAUUCGCUAGAAGUAGCAAGUACAGCUAGAGGUUCACUUGUAAUUAAAAAUUGGAAACCAAUUCCUUUGGAAAAUAUUUCCGACAAUCCUGUGGUACAAGUUGGUGAUAUUUUAGGCGAACUGGCAUCUGUAAUUACGCUAAGGAUACUCAUAUUGCGAGCGAAAUCAUCUCCUUUCGGUGAAAUCAAAGAUAAAUUACUGAGAUUGUUGGUAUUGCAAUCGCAUGCUGUACUGAGAUCAACUGGAUGUCCUUUAGAUGAGGUUAUCCUUUCGCAAAUCUGUCGCAGUUCAUACCAAAGUUCAUAUGAUUAUACAGGAGAAAUUUCCGACGAUUUGCGUCGCAAAUUCGACCAGUGGUGGAGCAAUCAGCUUUCACCACAAUCCCCCAUAGCACCGAAAAUGCUGCCCUUUAUGGCUGCUGCAGCAGCAGCAGGUGCACCCCAUCAACCGUCCGGCAUGGACUUUAGUACCGUUGGUCAAAUGGCAGCAGCCGCAGCUGCUGCACGCAGCUUACAGCAGCACCACUCAUCCAGUCGUGACAACCUUUUAGGCGAUAGCCAUCAACCACCACCACCGCCGCCACAUCAUCUUCAUCCCAGCAUGAUUGUCCAUCCAGUUAUGCAUCCACAUCCGAUGCAUCCGCAUCAUGCCUCCUAUCCGACCAAUCAAAAGACCCGCAUGCGAACCAGUUUCGAUCCCGAAAUGGAGUUGCCCAAACUGCAGAAAUGGUUUCAAGAGAAUCCCCACCCCUCACGGCAGCAAAUACAAACCUAUGUGAUGCAAUUGAAUUCGCUCGAGUCACGACGCGGCCGCAAGCCAUUGGAUGUUAAUAAUGUGGUCUACUGGUUUAAGAAUGCACGUGCUGCCCAAAAACGGGCCGAAAUGCGUGGCGGUGUUGGUCAAAUGCCUGGUGCAGGUAUUGGAGGUGCGGGUGCUGGCCAUUCGGCCAAUGGAUAUCUGAAUCAUCAUGCUCAGCAAUUGAUGUCGCACGAUUAUCUGAAGAGUCCCAUGAGUCUAAAGUCGGAGGAUAUUGAUACAAUGUCACAGCAUUCGGAUGAUAUGGAUGAUGACCAACAAAGUCGACCAAUUUCCCCUCAGCUGCCAUUGUCGUUGACCAUGCACGAACGUAAUAGAUCACCUGAAGAUGAGAGAUCUUCGUUGGGCAAGGAAGAUGCUACGAGUAAUCAUAAUGGAUCGUCGUCGGUGGAGAGGAAUAGCCAUUCGGUGGAUGGAGGGAAUAAUGAAGACCUGCCAAAUGGAAAUACAGAUCGUCAUUCGGAUGUUGAAACGCAUUUGCAACAUGGCGAAGCUAAUAAUAAUAAUACCGACAGUAGCAAUAACAACAACAACUCCCAUAACAAUAUCAACUCAAGCAAUCGAAGCCUAGAUGAACGCUGUGAAUCACCAAAAAACUCACCCAAGUCCGAUGAGGAUCUUGAUAUGGAUGAUGAUGAUAAUGACACCAGUCAAAUGGAAGGUUUUGGUACACCUUCACCAGAUCCGAGAAAGGAUAUCUUUUCAAUGGUGCCAAAUGCCAUGUUUCCACAGUCACUUAUGUACAUGAGCCAUUAUAUGCCGGCUUUUGGACAGCCCGGACAUCCGCAUCAUGGAGGCGCUGGCAUGCAUCCAUCGGUACCAAUGGGAACGGGUAGUCUAAAUUUAUCAAACUUAUCCAGUGAAGAGAGAAGGAAGAGAAAUCGAACUUUUAUUGAUCCUGUCACGGAAGUUCCGAAGUUGGAGCAUUGGUUUUCGUUGCAAACGCAUCCGUCACACAAUAUGAUACUGAAGUAUACCGAAGAUUUAAAUACAAUGCCUUAUAGACAAAAAUUUCCCCGCCUAGAAAGCAAGAACGUCCAAUUUUGGUUCAAAAACCGUCGCGCCAAAUGCAAACGCCUAAAAAUGUCCCUCUACGAUUCCCCCCAAUGUGGUCAACUUGGAGGUAUGAAUUCGUUUGUACAUAAAUACGAUGAACGAGAUUGAAAUACGGCAUCAAAUGGUGCCUAUCAAGUACCAUCAUCUUCUGCCUAUGGUCCAUCAUUAUUUUAUCCCAGUAUAAGUCGAUAAUGAUAUUGAAUUUAUAUAUUUUUUUUGUUGUGUCAAAAAUUCAGAACAAUAAUGUCAUAUCACAAAAGGAUUAAUCCUUGCCAUUUCUUUAGUUCAUCGAACGGAGAUGAAUACAUUUAUCCUGAAAUUGAAAAUCAAAAAUUUGUAUUGUCACGAAAAAAUAAAUAAAAUGAGCAUGAAAAAUUAAAUAUUUUAAUACAAACA